AUGAAUGAUCCUCAAUAUAUUUCCAAUGAUAAUAUUGCUGCUGAUAUUAGUGCUGCUGCUGCUACUGCUUAUGAUGAUAAUGAUGAUAAUAACAUUGAUUUUGGCUCUGCUGGUAUGAACGCUGCUACUACUGCUGAUGAUAAUGAUGAUGAUAAUGCUACUGGUAUUGGCGUUGCUGCUAAUGAUAACAACAAUGAUGAUGGCACUGAUGACGAUGAUGAUAGUAUUAUUGCUGAUGAUCUUUUUGCUAAUUAA